AUGGAAGUACACCUGAGUCAAUCUUCCUGCAAUAGUACAGAGCCAGUUUCAGAUGAAAGACAUACUGAUAUUGAAUCACCUGCUAAGAAAAUCAAUUGUUCUGAAAACAAAAACACAUCCAACUGCAUAGAAAUUCUUCAUGUAACAACCCCUGAAGAAACUGAAAUGGAAGAAGUUUUUGAGGAUGCUACAAGCUCUGACAUAAAAGAAACAAACCUUAUACAGAAUAAAAAUGAUGAGUCCGUUAACCUUGAUGUAUUAUCUCAAAGCACACCUACACUGGAUGAUGUUGAAAACAGUGUUGUUGAUCUGAAAGAAGAUUUAAUUAUAAAAGGGGAUCCGUCAUGUAAAGAAAUGUUAGAGGCGCAAACAACACAAGAUGUCCUCCAAUCUUCUGACUUACAAGUGAUCAAUGUACAUGGGAUAGAAAACUUAAGCAUGGAAGUGAACCUGGGACAUUUAUGUACAAGUCACGCCUCUUUCAACAGUAAAUCAUUGUCAGAAGUGGUAGAAACUGAUUUGCAUUCAGACCCAAAUAAUUUUGAAUUUCAAUUGCAAACAACUGAAGAGGAAAAAAGUACAAUCAACUUUGAAGAAACCAGUUUCAAACUUCCUGAAGAAAUCAGAACCAUACAAGUUUUGGAAACUCAGAAAAAUUAUAAUGACUUAACAAAGGACAAAGCUGAAGAUGUUUUUGAGGAUGCAACCAGGUUUAAAACAGAGCAAAUAGAUUAUGUAAUUGAUAAUGAACCUAGUCUUAUAGAGUUGUCGAAGACUAUGCCUGUAUUGGACUGUGACAAAAAUUCUGUUGUUGAUGAAGAACAUAAAGUUGUUAAUUCGCCUGAAAAAGAAGAGAUUGUACUGGAAGGACUAUUGCCAUAUGAGAGUGACCCAAUCUUCCAGAAAUCUUUGCCGUAUGAAAAUGCUGUAGCUGUUUCCUGUCCAUGUGCUUGUAAUUCAAAUGAUGAAACUGAAUGUCCUUGUAAUGACACUGCACCAUUACGUGAGAAUCCAUUAGGGAAUGAGCUACCAAAAAGCGUUGUCAGUAAAACUUUGAAAAAUAAUGAUUUCUCAAAUGAUUCACAUGAAUUAAAAACCUGUGGUAGUCCUCUACAAGGAGAAAUUACUAUGAGGGCCACAGAUACCUUGGAUGUGUCAAUGAAUAUGUCAAUGACAUUUAUAGGUGGAGUUAUUGACACUUCAUUGGCUCACGAUGUGCAGUCUACUGCCAAUAUAAGUCAUUUACAAGCAGUUUCUGAUGAUUUUCACAAAGAUAACAACUAUGGUCAAAAUGACAAUUUAUUGCAAAAUGUAACUGACUUUGUGAACUCUAACAUUGCAGAGACAAAUGACUUUACAACUUAUUUAGACCAAAAAAUGUGUGAUGCUCUUUAUGUGCCAUUAUCUCACUCAAAUGUAGACAGUAACCCAUCUACUUUUGAAAAUGGUUUGCAAAGCUUUAUGGAAAUCACAAUGGCCAAUACAAAUCCAGCUAUGUUUGACCAGAGUAUUGCACCAUAUUCUUACAGCCAAAUUGUCAAGCAAUCCAGAAGGAACUUUUGCGAAGAAAAAAGUAGUGAAGAAAAUGAUUCUGUUAAAAACGAAUUUACAAACUCAAUAGUGCUGAUGGGAUUAAAAGAAAAUAACACUGACUUUCAAAAUAAUAAACACCAUGAGUCUACAUCUCAUCCUUCUUUAGAUUUCUCUUCUUGUGGUUCUAGUCAUGAAAUAUUGCAACAGUCAAUGAGUGAUUAUGUGACCAAUAGAUCGUUUAAUCUUGCUAUACCUGAUUGUGAUUUAGAUCAGAAUUCCACCCAAGAUAAUGAAUUACGUAAACAGUGCGAAAGACAAGCUGAAAAUGUACUGCUGAUGAAAUGGCCAGCCCAUUUUCAUGAUCAACUCAAUGCCCUUAAGAGUGAAAAUCAGUUACUCCUUGAACAAUUAGAAACUUUCAAACAAAAUGAUGUAUGCAUUAGUAAUCUUAAACAAGAAAAUUUGGAAUUGUAUAAUAAACUUCAAGAAAUCACCAAACUUUCUGAAAGUCAGAAGAAAGCCUUACAGGAUUUUGAAUUGGUAGGACAACUUAAAGUGAAUUCUAACGAUUCACAGUUGAUUGUAGAACUAACAGAAGAAAACAACAAGCUUAAAGAGUUAAAUGAUGAAUCCAAGACUCUGAACUUAUCUUUGAAAGAAGAAAAUGAGUUACUUUGGAAUGAACUGAAAAAAGAUAUUGAAAAAUUGGAUAAGCUCAAACUCGACAAUGAACAUCUCUUAAAAGAACUGGAAGAUAAGAAUUCAGAAAUUUGCUGUCUAAAAUCAGACAGGAAAAAGUUGAAAAAUGUACUGAUUAAAGCAAAUGAUAAAUUGAAUGAUCUUGAGAGUGAAAAUGAGUAUUUGAACACUCUUUUACAAGAAUCAAAUAUUCAAACUGAAGAAUCAAAUGUUCAGGCUCAAACUAUGACUGUACUUCGAGAAGAAAAUAAACAGUUGCUGUUAGAAAUUAAGUCAUUGAAAGAUAGUAUAGAGGGUUUUGAAGGAGAGAGUGCAAUUUUUAUGCAAGAUUUAAGCAGUCUUGGAGAAACUAUUAGUAGUUUGUUGGACGAAAAAAGAGUACUCAUGGAGCAGGUAGCAGAUUUGGCAGAUAAAAAUGAAAGAAUUACUGAACUUAAUUCUGAAAAACAACAUUUUAUUCAACAUAUAUCAAACGUUGAAUAUAAUGUUUCAAAACUUCAAGAGGAAAAGUUUUUGUUAAUGGUUCAACUGGAGAAUGUAACAGAGAAAUUUUCUGAAGUUACUGAGCUGAAUGAACUCGUGAGAGAAUUAGAGAGACAUGUGUCUAGUUUGAAUGAAGAGUUAAUGAGUGAAGUUACUAAAAAUGAUUUGAUUUUGGUGCUUAACAAAGAUCUUGAAGAUCAGAUUAUUGAGAUCAAUAAAGACAAAACGAACAUGCAAAACUCUGUGUCCAUUUUAAAACAGACUCUGCUUUCUGAAAACCACAGUUUGAAAAGUCAACUAGAUACAAUUCAACAGACAAUAAAUGAUCUUGAGAAGCAAACCACUUGCCUUAAUGAAGAGUUACAAAAUGAAGUUAUCAACAAUCAUACUCUUUUAUCUAAAAAUGAAUUGUUAGAGAGCCAAAUUAAUGAAAUGUUUGAGGAGAAAUUGCAAUUACAAAACUCUAUAUCAUUAUUACGUCAGAAUCUUGUGGACAGUCAGGCCCAAAACAAUUUGGCAAAAGAUCAACUCUCUGAACAUUUGAAAGAAAAAGAACAAGCUUUGCAUGAAGAAAAGCUAAAUUUAACUUCUGAAAAUGAUCAAUUGAAAUUUGAGAUAAAGAAUAUUCAAGAAACAGUCAAUAAGCUUCAUAGUCAAGUAACCAACCUUAAUGAACAGUUGAAGCAAGAUGAAUCCAAACAACAAGCCCUCAUAACCACAAAUAAUGAUCUCCAGAAUCAAAUUUUGCUAAUAUCUCAAGAGAAAUUCCAUUUAGAAUGUUCUUUGUCAGAAUUAGAACAGAAUCUUGUUGAUCUUCAGGCUCAGAGCAGCCUUGCAAAAGAGCAACUUACUGAAACUUUGAGGCAAAAAGAACAAACUUUGCUUGAAGAAAACAAAAAUUUAAUGUCUGAAAAUGAGCAGUUAAAAUGUGAAAUAAAAAGUAUUCAAGAAACAGUAAAUGACCUUCAGAAUCAUUUGGUCACAAUGAAUGAAGAUUUAAAACAAGAAGAAUCCAAACAACAUGCCCUCAUAACUACAAAUAAUGAUCUACAGAAUCAAAUUUUGCUAAUAUCCCAAGAGAAAUCACAUUUAGAAUGUUCUUUGUCAGAAUUGGAACAGAAUCUUCUUGAUGUUAUGACUCAAAGCAACCUUUCAAAAGAACAACUUGCUGAACAAUUGAGGGCAAAAGAACAAACUUUGCAAGAAGAGAAACAUAGUUUAGUGAUUGAAAAUGAUAAAUUAAAGUAUGAAAUAGAAAGUAUUCGAGAAACCAAUACUGAGCUUGAGAGUAAAAUAGCAUUCCUUAAUGAUGAGUUAAAUCAACUAAAUACAAAACAACAAAGUCUUUUAGUGGCACAGAAAGAUUUAGAGAAUCAAAUCUUGAAAAUCUCUGAAGAGAAAUUUCAAUUGGAAAAUUCAUUGUCAGUGCUGGAACAAAAUCUUGUAGACAUACAGGAUCAAAAUAACUUGGCAAGAGACCUACAAUUAAAACUUAUUGAAGAAAAAGAACAAAUCAUUCAAGAUUUGAAUAAUAACCAAACCUCUUUAGAAAGUUGUGUAAAAUCGCUGACAAAUCAAACAAACAUUUUAGAAACAGAAAAUGGUGAAUUGAAAAGAAACUUGCAAAGUGUGCAAGAAACAGUAACCAAACUUAAUGAAGAUAAACAAAAUCUCUAUAAUCUUUUGGAAUCAAACAAGGAUUUGGAGCAAAAGUACAUAAUUUUAAAUGAGGCCAAGUUUGAACUAGAAAGUAAGUUAGAGAUAGCAUUAGCCAAAGAAACCAACAUUUUAAGCCUAGAGGAAGAAAAUAAGAAUCUUUCUGAGAAGCUUCAAACUCUUGUUGGGAAUGAAGAAGUUAUACAAUUGCUAAAGAAUGAAAAAAUAGAUCUUGAACUUCAGAUAAAGAACUUAUCAGAUUCUGUUGAUAAGCUUCUCAGUGAUAACAAAGAAAUGGAAGUUUAUGUCAAGGACAAUUCAGAUCUAAGGCUCACCAUGUUACAGGAAAUUCAGUCAUUAACUGGUGAAACUGAUACAAGUUGCUUGAAUGAUGGGUGCCCAAUAAUAAAUGUCUACCAUAAACUGAUGUCCGAAUUUCUUACUAAAGAAAAAGAAGUCAUAUUUGCUUUACAAAAUGAGUGUGAAACUAAAACUAAAACUAAACAAAUUGAAUUGGAUAAACUACAAGGUAUAUUGAAGGAAAAAGAAGUAUUAAGUUCCAAAUUAAUGAAUGACAUUGAAGAACUUAGGGAAGAAGUUGGGCAACAUAAUACAACAGUCAUCAAUUUGAAAAACGAACUCCAUACUAUUAAGAAUGAAUUGAUGAUAAAAGAAAAUGAAGUGUCAGAAGUUAAAGAUGAACUUAUGAUAGUGAAAAAUGAGAAAGCAUCUCUACUUAUAGAGUUAAAUAGUCAGCAUGAUGCUGAAGUUGUAGCAGAGUUGGAGGAUAAGAUUCAAUUCCUAAACAAUGAAAUUAAUUGUAAAACUGAUGAGAUCUGUGGCCUAAAUUCUGAAAUCCUUAAAUUGAAAUCAGUGCAAGAGGACUUUAUGAAACAAUCUGAGUCUGAUAAGCAUUUGUUGAAUCAACAACAAGAAAAAAUUCAAGAACUAACUUCAAAAUUGAAAUAUACAGAAGAGUCACUCGCAGAAAUAGAUAUGCAACUUCAGAGCAAGUUUCAAGAAGUAAAUCAAUUAAAUGAAGGCCUUGAAUCUAAGCAAAAAGAAAUUGAAGGAUUUGCUGAUAAAGUUAAAGAACUAACACUUGUCAAAACAAAACUUAAUGAAGUCGAAAGUGAAAUCGGAUUUAUUCUACAAUGUUUUAAUCCAAUGAAUGAUGAUUUUGAUAUGCAUGAAGCUCUUCUUAGAUGUUCACACCAUUGUCAGUCACUAGCUGAGUUAAUGAAAUCGAUUACUUUCUGUUGGAAAAAUAUCACAGCUAAGUUUGAAUCCUUAAAUUCCAACCUAAAAUCAGAAUUGGAAAAACGGGUUGAGAUGUGUCGAUCUUUAGAAAUCCAAAUAAAUUGCCUAAAUGAAGAACUGAAAGCUCACAAAAUGCUUUAUGAUGAAGACAUUCUUCAAUUUAAAGAAGAAAUAAGUGCCAAAAAUGCUAUUGUAACAGAUUUGACUGAUAGUAAUUCUAAACUUAAAAAAGAAUGUGAUGAUCUCGUUGUGAAAAUUAAUAAAAUUGAAAGGGAUAACAAAGAUGUAAAAGAACUACAUGAAGAAAUUAAAAAAUUGAAAGAAGUCAACCAUAACCUAACUGAGGCUUCUAAAAAAUUUAAUGUUUUUAAAGAAGUAAACAAAAAACUUUCUCUAGAAAUAGAAGAUCUAAGCCGUUCCAUAAAAAUCGAAAAACAAAGUACUAGUGAACUUAAAGCAAAAUGUGACACAGCUAACUACCAACUGGCAGAGUUAAAAAAGGAAAACUUCAGCUUAGAAGAUAAAAUUGAAGUCUUAGAGAAUAAACUCCUAAAUCAUGAUAUUAUAAGUUCUAUUAAAAUAGCUUUUCCAUAUAAUAUGAGUACCAUUGACAAGCAAGUUACCUUCAUCAAUGAAAAACUAGGAGAACUUGAACAGGUGAAGAGUCAGUUUGAAAAUCUUCUACAAGACCACAACAAUUUAAAACAUGAAUAUGAAAAAUCAACAGAAUACAUUAAAAGACAAGCAGAAAAACUCUCCAAAAUUUUAAAAAGAGAAUUGGAUUUGAAAAAACAGAUGGUUUCAUCUACUCAGAAUUCCUUAGCAGAACACAAAAUUCUGGAAGAACUAAAAUCCCAGCUGUUUGCUUUGUUCCCUGAUGAAGAUAGCUCGUUAAAUAAAGUUGUGGUGAGUGUAAAAGGACUCAUUGAGGAAAAUAAGUCACUAAAACAGGGAAGCCCUGCUAAAAUUGAAGAACUAGAAAGACUUUUAGAAGAAGUCAAACAAGACAAUAAAGAUCUAGACAAUGAGUGUGAAAUGAUGCACAAACAUAUUAAAGAGCAAGAAGAGUUGCUGGCAUCGGUUUUAAAACGAGAGGAAGAAUUGAAGAAAUUGAACUCGGAACUAAAGACCCAAGUGACCAACGUGGCUACAUCUACUCCAACAGAAAACUUUGAUGAGCUUCUAAUGCUGUUUCCAGAAAAGCCACCCUCGCUAAGUAAAGCCUUAGAGUUAGUGAAGAACUCACUAUCAGAAAAUCAGUCCUUAAAGGAGAAAAUAGCUGAAACUCAGGAAGAGUAUGAAAACAUGGACAAGGAGUGUGAACAAAUGUACAGAGCUUACCAAGAAAAAGAGAAAGUACUUGUAGAUGUCCUUAACAGAGAAGCCAAGUAUGUGGAAGACAUGAAAGUCAAAGAAGAUGAAUUCGCUGAAAGGUUAAAACAGUUGUCUGAGGAGCUGCAAGAGGCCAAACAUAAAUUGAUAACAAAUCCUUCUAAACCAGCUGAUUGCCAAUGUGAAGUGCUCAAGUCAAGGCUGGCAGAGCUAAAGCUCGAUGUUGCUGAUAGAAAUGCAAAAAUCACAGCAUUGGAGUUACAGUUUGAGGCAGACAAUUUUCCCAUCAAAAAGAAGGCGGCUGAUUUGGAAAAGUCAUUGGAUCAAGCUAAACACAAGAUAAGCGAGCUGAAGGCAGAAGUGAGACGAUACCAAGAACAGAUGCAUGAGGUGACUGUGGGACUGCGCACGGAGUGUGAGCGUUGUCGCCGCGAUGCAGCUCUACGUGAGGAGUCGAGCGUGCAGACCUCGCCCUCAGUCACUGCAGACACGACCAUCCUCGCCCAGAAGAACAAGGAGAUCGCAAUCCUCAAGGCUCUAUGCAAGUCGCGCAACCAGCGAAUAGCGGAGCUAGAGCAAGGCAGUAGUAAUAGCAAGCCGUCACGCCUUCUGAGGUCUGCACUGAAAGAAGGAAAGGAGAAUUCUAACCCUCCGCCAACACCAUUAUAAAACAUUAUCUUUCACUUUUGCACUGAGUCUUGGCUUUUAUUUUUAUACACCAUCUAUUUAUUAGCUCUUAAUUUCCUGAAAAAAAAUCUCAGUAUUUAAUACACUAUCAGAAUAUGAUUUGACUCCAUUUUGUUAAUGGUUAAGAAACUUUGAUUGUAAGUAUAUUGAUGAUAGCUUUAACUUGAACAUUUCUUUUUUAUCACUCUAGUGUCAACACUAAUUAAGUUAUUUUAUCCAAUAUUACAUUUUAGCUUUAAUAGAACAUAUGUAUAAUAACAAUAUUUUAAUACUAAAUAUUUUACUGUAUGAUAUAUUAGUUAUAUUUAUAGUUCUUCAUGUCUUCUAUUCACUGUUUUUAUAAAUUUGUACAUGACAUUAUUCUUUACU